AUGACGACGCCGACCAAUGUUGCGCUCUCAACCUUGAUCGCUUCCCACCUCGCGUCGAUUGACUCGACCCUCACCGACGACCACCUGAUCGUCCUUGCCCAUCUCGUGGGGUCCACCAACUUGGUCGUUGAUGCGCUUCAUCUCAUCGACACCCAAGGCGGUACAUCUGCUCAUCCUCUGACUUGGCCCGGCUUCCGCAAAAGCUAACGCCCUGUUCCAACCCUUCCAGUCGCUCGACUCAAUCUGCCCAACCGGCAAUCGCUGUACCAAGUCUCGGGAUCGACCAAGGCCUACACUGUCCACACCACUCCUUCUGCAGCCUCGAUCGGUCGACUGGGCUUCUGUCCCUGUCCCGCUUUCGCUUACUCGGUCCUCAAAACGCAGCAGAACGUUCUCGCAAGUCAAGCCCCCCACAUUCUGCUCGGUGUAUCUUCCUUCGAGUCCUGAUCCCCAACCUUCCCGACAAGAAUUUACAGUGCAAGCAUCUUCUCGCCGUUCUGAUCUGUGAACGUCUAGAUACGUUCGUCGAUAAGCAAGUCGGGCUCAAGUGGCUGGCCGCGUGGAGCUCGGGGUUCCGUACACUACAACAAGCGCCGCCGACGUGA